UGCUUCUCUUUUCUUUUUUCCUUCUUCUAAACAUCCAUUUGAAAGGACGGGGGCUCCCACUGGCUGCUGCGGCCUGCGCAGCUCCAUGUUGUGUUCGACCCUCGAGGAGGAGUUGUUGUCGCAAUGGAGUCUCCUCUCUCCCGGCUGCAGCCCGGUCUGUAGCCUGCACCUCUUCCUCUCUGCUCGUGCAAAGGAGGAAAUAAGGAAACACUGCUCAAAACUAUGAACGAGGAGAUGACCAGAGGCGAGGAGCAGCAGCAUCUCAGCGCGCAGACAGCCCUGCAGCAGUGCGAGCUGGUGCAGAACAUGAUCGACAUCAGCAUCUCCAGCCUGGAGGGCUUGCGGACCAAGUGUGCCACGUCCAACGACCUGACGCAGAAAGAGAUCCGCACGCUGGAGGGGAAGUUGGUGAAGUACUUCAGCCGCCAGCUGUCCUGUAAGUGCAAAGUGGCCUUAGAGGAGCGCAGCGAGGAGCUACAGGAUUUCCCUCGCCUCGGACACUGGUUCCGCAUCGUGAACCUGAGGAAGGAGGUCACGCAGGAAAUGAGCCCGGGCCAGCUAACCCUGGAGGGGCUGCUGGAGCAGAGCGAGGAGCAGGUGCGCGAGCUGCUGCACAAGUUUGGCGCCAACGAGGAGGAGAGCGCGCGCCUCAACGCCUCCCUGUCCUGCCUCAGGAACGCCCACCGGCUCGAACAACUGGAGGAGGACAAGCUGCACAGCAACGGAGGGAGCCAGGCCAAGCUGCAGGACUGGUCCAUCCAGUGGCCCACCUCCGAGUCGGGCAAGGAGAACACCCCGGUGUGCCAGCCGGAGGCCAGCCAGUGGAUCCGGUACCAGCUGUCCCAGAGCCCCAUCGUGCAGUCCAAGUACCAGCAGCACACGUGCCACAGCCCCGGGGCCCCGGCCCCCCCUCUGUACGCCGACCGGCUGACGGUCGACGCCCCGGCCCUCUUCCCCCCCCUGGACUUCGGCCACCGCUCCCUGCCCCCGUCGCCCCGCCAGAGACACUACGGCCACACGGCUCCUCGGACCCCCCUGGUGGUGAACACCAUGACGCCGCCCGGCACGCCGCCCAUGAGGCGAAGGAACAGAGGGAAGGCCCCCGGCACGCCGCCGCCGCCCAGCCGCAAGCUCAUCCACCUGCUGCCGGGCUUCACCACGCUGCACCGCAGCAAGUCCCACGAGUUCCAGCUGGGGAACCGGCUGGAGGACCCACAGACGCCAAAAGACAAGAAGAAGACCAAGCCCCUGAACCUGAAGAUCCCCAGCAGCGUGGGCAGCUGUGAGAACCUUCCCACGCAGCUCCACGCCGAGCGCUCGCUGCGCUCCUUCUUCUUCCCGUCCUUCAUCCCUUCCACACCGCCCGUCUACGCCGAAACACCUUUUGCAAACACCCUCUCAGUGCCUCGCUGGUCCCCCCAGAUCCCCCGGAGAGACCUGGGAAACUCCAUCAAACACAGGUUCUCCACAAAGUAUUGGAUGUCCCAGACGUGCAUCGUGUGUGGGAAGGGGAUGCUGUUCGGACUGAAAUGUAAAAACUGCAAGCUGAAGUGCCACAACAAAUGCACCAAAGAAGCUCCGCCGUGCCACUUACUGAUCAUCCAGCGAGGAGGACGAGAGAACCUGAAAGAUCAACAAGGAACAACUCAAGUGGCGCGUCUGGUCCGGACGGAGUCGGUUCCGUGUGACAUCAACAACCCGCUCAGGUACAGCGACCUGCACAUCAGCCAGACGCUGCCCAAGACCAACCGGAUCAACAAGGACCACAUCGCGGCCCCCUACCAACCGGACUCCAGCAGCAACCCCUCCUCCACCACCUCCUCCACCCCGUCCUCCCCGGCUCCGCCUCUGCCCAGCAGUGCCACGCCCCCCUCGCCCCUACAUCCCUCCCCGCAGUCGGCGCGUCAACAGAAGCAGUUCAACCUGACAGCCUCCAGUUAUUUCAAAUACAAGCAGCAGUUCAUCUUCCCCGAUGUUGCUCCGGAGGCUCCUCCGAGCCGAGCCCCGCAGGUCAUCCUGCACCCCGUCCUGGCUGAACCGGGGAUUGAGGGGAACCCUUUACUUCAGAUCGAAGUCGACCAAACGUCAGACGAGAACGAGGAGGGCAACGACGAGGACUCCGGCGACGAGUUCGAGGAGAUGAACCUGUCGCUCCUGUCGGCUCGAAACUUUCCCCGCAAGGCAAGCCAGACCAGCAUCUUCCUGCAGGAGUGGGACAUCCCCUUCGAGCAGCUGGAGAUCGGCGAGAUUAUCGGAAAGGGCCGCUUCGGCAAAGUGUUCCACGGACGCUGGCACGGCGAGGUGGCCAUCCGCUUGAUCGACAUUGAGCGCGACAACGAGGACCAGCUCAAGGCCUUCAAGCGCGAGGUGAUGGCCUACCGCAACACUCGCCACGAGAACGUGGUGCUGUUCAUGGGCGCCUGCAUGAGCCCACCACACCUGGCCAUCAUCACCAGCUUGUGCAAAGGCCGGACUCUUUACUCCGUGGUGCGGGAUGCCAAGGUGGUCCUGGAUUUCAACAAGACCAGACAGAUCGCUCAGGAGAUGGUCAAGGGGAUGGGCUACCUGCACGCCAAAGGGAUUCUACACAAAGACAUGAAGUCCAAGAACGUGUUUUAUGACAACGGCAAAAUCGUCAUCACGGACUUUGGACUCUUCACCAUAUCGGGGGUGUUGCAGGCUGGCAGCCGGAGAGAAGACAAGCUGAGGAUCCCUAACGGCUGGCUGUGUCACCUGGCCCCCGAAAUCAUCCAGCAGCUGUCUCCAGACACGGAGGAGGACAAGCUUCCCUUCUGCAAACAGUCAGACGUCUUUGCUUUCGGCACCAUCUGGUACGAGCUACAUGCACGCGAGUGGCCUUCCAAGAGUCAGCCAGCAGAGGUGAUCAUCUGGCAGGUCGGCAGCGGGAUGAAGCCCAACCUCGCCCAGACCGGCAUGGCCAAGGAGAUAUCAGACAUCCUGCUGCUGUGCUGGGCCUUCAAGCAGGACGAGCGGCCCAGCUUCUCCAAGCUCGUCGAUUUACUGGAAAAGUUACCCAAACGGAAUCGUCGCCUUUCCCACCCGGGGCACUUCUGGAAGUCAGCUGAGUAUGUCAAAUGAGUUAGGGACACCACCACCACCACCACUACCACAACAACAACAACAACAAACAAUCGGCCAACUUUAGACAAGAAUAAAUAAAAAUAAACAGCCCGCCAUAGCUCUCCAUAAAUAUCCCACGUCCUUAAAGAAUGCAGUGAACCCUCCAGUGAUGCAACCGGCCCCCCGCUGGGCGUGUCUCAUGGUCGUGUGUGUCCAGGUGAAGUCCACCAGCUUCUCACAGCAGGCGGGACUCAGAUUUUCUUUGGUUUGAUUUGAAACCAUACAGGAUAUUUCUCCUUUAUCUUUUGUUGUGUUGACUCGAUCCCUUCAUGAUAUUUUAAUUAUUUCCUGGAUGUAUUUUGCUUGUAACUUUCGACUGAUUACAUCAUUCUGGACUUUAAAAAAACAAACAGUGUUAGGAAACAACUGUGGGUUCCUUUGUCCCCUCAUGUCUUAUUAUUUCUUUGUUUUGAAUGUUACUGUUGAACAUCACCGUUGUAUAUUUUCAAAGCUAUUUUCUUGCCAUUCCUUAUGUCUGUCAGCUGUGUCGACCAUGUUGUGUCAGUGUUACCUCUCAAGUGUGGACGUCUGUACAGAAAGCUAUAUUUAUCUUUAAGAAACAAGAUGUCCUCUUGUUGACACUGUACCAUUUGAAUGUGAAGAAGACGUCCCUGUUGUGUGGGGACACGCGUCUGCUCUGUGAUGGGAGAAUGUUCUCUAGCCUGUGAACAUGAGCGAGAACAUUUGAACAAUAACCUUGGGGGGGGGGGGGGGGUGGUCAGACCGGGACUCCCUCUCUUGAUGCUGUUCUGUGACACUUGAAAUGUAUAUCGUCAACUGUUGAGAGAACUAAUUCAGAAAUGCUGUCACUGAGCCCCAAAUUACCAUAAAUAAAUGUAGAAUAUUGUCUUUAAAUAUCUUACAAUCGAUACAGAAUACAGUAGAAACACAAAUCUACUGCAUACUCUGUACUUUCUGGUUAUUCUCUCCGAUCGAUAUAUGAACUGACGCGCUAGUUUUUUGUAGAGAAGUGUGUGAAGGUGUUUUAUAAAAUAGUUCAAUGGAAACUAAGGUCCUGUUGCUCAUGGGCCCGGGUCGGAGGCAGGAAUGUGACUGUUAGGCGUCCGAGGGGAAGCACGCGGACUCUAGAGAGGCACACGAACACUUUGAGAACAAGAGUUUAACGAAGGAGUUCAACAAGUCAACCAGUGUUUAGUCACUUCUCUCAACUUGUAAUUGUUCCCCAUUUGUUAUUUGUGUACUUAUUUAUAAUUAGAACGACAGCGUACGGACCUUUUUAAAUACAGGACGCCCGAAAGUAAAACAAGUAAUCUCUUCUAACCAUUGAUGUGUUACUUCAAUUGAUCAUUUUAAUAUAUUUGUUCGUUAAUUAGUUAAAUUACAGCUGGAUAAAAGGAGUUACACUACGUAGCUAACCAUUGAUAGUUAUGAAACUUGCGCUCUGUUUUUGCCACCGGGGGCAUCAGAAGGAACAUUUAGUCCAUUUAUGGAGGCUGUGAAGCGCUAUAACUAAAAUUGUAUCAUGAAUCGCUGGAAUGAACAUCUCUCCGGAGUAUUUCACAAUAACUCGUCCUUUUGGGGGCAUUUUUGCCUUUAUUUGCCCCAUGACUGGAGCAAGAGGUGUCAUGGCGCUCCAUGCCGGCUGCUCCCGAAUACAACGCUGCUGAAAAAUGUGACACAUUUAUUUAAAACUUUUGUUGUUGUUGUUUUCUUUUUUUCUUCUUUUUAAGUAACAAGUAAGUAACUUAAAUCUGGCUGAACCUUCCCUUUAACAUAUCAUGAACACGACAUAUCAGGAUGAUAAAGACACCGGGACGUUUGGUUCCUGCUUCAUACGUCACAGCAUACUUUAAGUGUGUUUUAAAGAUAUACUGUAAGUCUGGAUGGAAGCCGCGGGUCAUCCAGCUGUUCACUGCUUCUUGAGUCUCUGGCCCCGUGAACAGAGACGUCCUUGUCAUGUUGAGUAGAUGUUCCACCUCGUGAUAUAUUCAUAUCUGCCAGUGAUGAAAAUGCAAACUAAACAAUCUGCUGCUGUUUUUUUGGAGUUUGUCUGUUUUGGAAUUGCUGGGAUUCAAAUAUUGUAAGUGGAUCAUUUAUAUUUGUACUGUUUACAACUUUCAAGUGCAUGAGAUGGACUAUCAAAGAUUCUUGUUAUGAAAAAAAUAUCCUUCUAAAAUAUAUAUAAUAAUAUAUAUAUAUAAUGAUGAUGUGAGCAUUUUUAUGAUGACCUCGUGAAGUUUUACGUCAGAACUUUUCAACGGCUUUGUUUGAGAGAUUGUUUCAGGAUAUUUAUAAAUCAUAUGAAUAAUUAGACUGGCAUUGAAAUAAAAUUUAAAAAAGUUGCGACAUGUGCACAUGAGUUUAAACCACAAGGAUCUGACAUUAGUGCCAAGUGUACAGACUAGACAUGUUUUAUCCUCACUUGCCGUAUUAUCAAUAUUGCUUGUGAAUUCUUUUGACUUAUUUCUGUUUGAGUGUACAGAUUGUUUUCUUUCUGUGGUGUUUUCUGUUCCUUUGACUUCGUUUCCUCCAUUUCCUCCUGAUGCAUUGAUGCCGUGUUGUUUCUUUCCCGUGUUGUAGACGCUCCAACAGAAAGCUUGUGUUUCAUGAUGCCUAAUGGUCCAUGGCUUAGUGAUGAGUAGAUGUUGAUCACAAGCACUCUUUCAUUUGCACUCAUCCUUCACAAAUUGUAUAACAAUAAAAAGAUGUUUUCAUUUUG